AUGUCUGUCACUGAUCCUUUAGGCGAUCCACCUCCCGACUCUUAUGUUACUCCUAUCGUAAUUCUGUCUACCAGUCCACCUCCAGAUGAGCCCCCGCCACCGUAUCCAUCGCAAGACAGGCGCACGCGGACGCCCCGCUCAACUCGAAGACGUCGCACGUUGGAGCAACCCUCAGAGAAUGCUUCGCACACGCUCUCAAUAGUCUCCGGCGGCGGCACCGAAUACGAAGCACCUGUAUCGUCCGCGCAGCAUAGCUAUGAUGCUGACUACCGCGACCUGGACGCAACGGAGGCGACCCCGCUCCUGAACCCUGCCGUCUCAUCCCCGAGAAGUGUCGCGCGACCACCGGGAUUCAUCACAAGACAGCGGACAUUGUCCAUCUCGAGUACUGUGCGAUCUACCGUUUCCGUUGCGCCGUCGUUCGCGCAGACAGUGCUCUCCGCAUUCAACCCUGAGCGAGAUCCUGACGUCGAUCCGGAGUGCGCUGAGCCAUUGGGAGGUAGUGAUGACGACAGCGAUGGGGAAAGCCCGCUUGGUUCCCCUUCACUACGGCGCACUGGGAGUAUGGACGAGCAGCAACGGGCUUUCGUCGCUGAUCUAGCGAGCCAACGACUGACUCGGCAAAGGGGCCCUCCAUGGCGUACACGAUGGUUGCGGUACUUCCGCCCAAUAACCAAACGAGCGUAUUACUCUUCGCUCUUCCACUUACUUGUCCUCAACUUCCCGUACGCGCUCAUCGCAUGGGUGUACCUCUUCGUCUUUACAGUCGCGGGCACCACUACUCUCAUGGCGCUGCCUCUCGGUGCUGUGCUGUGUUUCUGUGAUCUUAUCGGUGCAAGGGCCCUUUCUAGGGGCGAGCUUGCUCUACAAACCAAAUUCCACGGCCCUCUAGCCUAUCCAAUCCCCGGUCCGCCCCUCCCCAUCUUUGUCCGCCACCGCGCACCCAAUGCGCACGAGCUCGAGGCUGGCCUGGGCACGGUGGAGGAGCGGUCGUUCUACCGCAAUACAUACGCCAUGUUCACCGAUCCGACAUCCUAUCAAGCGCUAUUUUACUUUAUCGUGAUUAAACCCGGCAUCACGAUCGUCCUCUCCCUUCUGCUCAUCGUGCUCGUUCCGCUGUCGAUCGUCUUCGUCUGGCCGGCCCCCGCCGUACUGCGCCUCGCGCGCCGCCUCGGCAUCUGGCAGGCCAACAUCGCCGUGGAGGGUCUCUGUCUCGCCGUGCGAUAUCUGAUCAGGGAACUUGCUUCCACGAUUGCCUCCCGAUCCGCGUGCAUCAGCACGGACAUGUUCUUCGCCUUCAAGCACGUCCCCUGCUCUGCGCUUGAUUGGGACGCCCACCAAGGCUCUGAGAGCACGUCCCUCGAGCGUGAGCUCAAGCGCCUCGUUUGUCGGGCAGUCCCAUAUCGCGGCGGACUCACUAGCCUGCAGAGACAAGCCCUUCUAGGGCGAUCCCAAAGAAUUGUACGACCGUCCACUGCCACCCACCGCUUGCUCGUGACAGCAUGCACCUGCCUCGAGAACGAAGUGCCCGAGCGAGACAUCGCUGUCACGACAUGGAAGGCGUACAAGUAUUACAGAGCACUGGAACUCGAAGAUGUCAGAGUAAUCAGCCGCAAUUGUAAUAUACGAGCAGAUAGACACACGGAGGAGGACGUCGCAGUGGAUAUUGCACACGCGCCAUCAUGCAUUUCAGAUGAAUGA